GAAAAGUGCAAAUCAAUCCCAGAACAACAGCAAAGGACCUUGUGAAGAUGCUGGAGGAAACAGAAUGCCAUGAUGACCUUUGAGGAGGAGAAGAUGCAGACGGCGUGUGACGACCUGAGAACCACGGAGAAGCUGUGUGAGAGUGACAACGCUGGCGUCAUAGAGACAAUCAGGAACAAAAUCAAGAAGAGCUUGGAGUCCCAGAGGUCAGCGGUCGUGGUUGUGGACCGCCUGCAACGACAGAUCAUUGUGGCCGACUGCCAGGUUUACCUCGCUGUGCUUUCCUUCGUCAAGCAGGAGCUCUCAUCGUACAUCAAAGGAGGCUGGAUCCUCCGUAAGGCCUGGAAGAUGUACAAUAAGUGCCACAGUGACAUCAGUCAGCUGCAGGAGACCUGUGUGAGGCGCUGUUCCUCCCAUGAGGAGGAUCUGUCCUCAGACCAGGCCAAUCACAACUCCCCAGUGGAGGGUGCUGUGACUGAAGAGGCCCUGGACCGGCUCAAGGGCUCCGUCAGCUUCGGCUACGGCCUCUUUCACCUCUGCAUCUCUAUGGUACCACCACACCUACUCAAGAUCAUAAACCUGCUGGGUUUCCCUGGUGACCGUCUCCAGGGUUUGUCCUCCCUCAUGUAUGCCAGUGAGAGUAAGGACAUGAAGGCCCCACUAGCUACGUUGGCCCUCCUGUGGUACCACACAGUAGUGCUGCCCUUUUUUGCACUGGAUGGUUCUGACACUCAGGCAGGCCUGGAGGAAGCCAAGGCCAUUCUGCAGAGGAAGGCUGUGGUCUACCCCAAUUCCUCCCUCUUCAUGUUCUUUAAAGGACGUGUUCAGAGGUUAGAGUGCCAAAUUAACAGUGCGCUCGUGUCCUUCCAUGAUGCACUAGAGCUGGCAUCAGACCAAAGAGAGAUCCAGCACGUGUGUCUCUAUGAAAUCGGCUGGUGCAGUAUGAUAGAGAUGAACUUUGAGGAUGCAUUCAGGUCAUUUGAGAGGCUGAAGAAUGAGUCCCGGUGGUCCCAGUGUUACUAUGCCUACCUGACUGGAGUAUGUCAGGGAGCUGCAGGGGACUUGGAUGGUGCCAAGUGUGUCUUCAAAGAUGUCCAGAAACUGUUCAAGAGGAAGAACAACCAGAUUGAGCAGUUUGCCCUUAAGAGGGCGGAGAGACUGAGGAAGAUGUCUCCCACCAGAGAGCUGUGCAUUCUGGGAGUCAUAGAGGUGCUGUACCUGUGGAAGGCUCUGCCCAACUGCUCCUCCUCCAAACUUCAGCUCAUGAAUCAGGUGUUACAGAGUGUGGAUGACGCAUCGUGCAGGGGUCUGAAAAACCUCCUUCUUGGUUCCAUUCACAAAUGCCAUGGAAAUAAUAAAGAUGCUAUCCAGUCGUUCCAGCUGGCAGCCAGAGAUGAGUUUGGUCGACAGACCAACUCUUAUGUGCAGCCAUACUCCUGCUAUGAGCUUGGAUGUGUCCUGCUUGCCAAGCCAGAGACGGUGGGAAAAGGGAGAGCUUUUCUGCUUCAGUCAAAGGAGGAUUAUGCAGGCUAUGACUUUGAGAACAGACUUCACGUGCGCAUCCACUCAGCCAUGGCCUCGCUGAAGGAAGUGGUACCUCAAAGACCCGCCGACCACUGAUGUAAUGAUCACUCAGCCUCCAGCUGUGCAUUUGAUGAUACGGGAAGCAUGGCUUUUACUAUACAUUGAAAGCCAUUCAAAACCACAGUAUGUCAGUCUCAUCAGACACAUUUUUAUUUUCUUAUACACACAUCCAAGUACAAUAAACCAACAAUUUCAUAGUCAAUACCAACAAUUUCAUAGUCAAUACCAAUCUAGUGUAUUUGGGGGGUUUUAGCCUUGCAACCCCUCCUUCCAUUCUGUGGACCAUAGUAACUUCUUGAAGAGGCACACCUUAUUCCCAUUUCAGGUUUUCUUGACCAUAGGUAGUAAUAGUACAGUUAACAGUAGGAAACAUUGUCAACAAACAUUUUCAUCAUUAGAUAACACUUUCAAUGAGAAAGUGUUAUAGUGAAGUCAAAGUGACAACAACCCUAAAAAUGAUUGAACAAGAACUUAGUGGCCUGCUACCUUGUGGUAUUGUAUCACCCAGCGUGCCAUGGAACGCAUACCAUUAAGCAGUAAAACGUUUAAUUUUGGAGUUUUUCUGACAUUCACAUUAUAGCUUACAAGUAAUAUGCACAGCCAAAUGUAUUGUGACAUUUUAGCACAAUUUUAGUCCAAACAAUGUUAUAGAUUAACAUGAUUUAUUUUAGUUUCUAAGCAGUGGGCAUUGAUCUGCACACUAUGCAUACAAUUGCAGGGGUAUUAGUAACCCAGGGACCUGAAAGCUUAUUUUCUACAACUGUAGAUACUUUGGAUGACAACACCCUUAUCAGGACACAGAACACAUUUAUAUUCAUAUUUACUCUGGUUUUUAAACAAAAUGCAACAAGGUCCUAUUAACUACAGGCAUUGUAAUAACCACGAUAGGAUUUAAGUUAUUCAAACUGGACAUUCAAGUUUGAUAUUCUGUCAUUUUAGUGUGAUCAGGCUUUUCUAUCAUCAGGCCACACUGAUGACGAGUGAACCAUUCAAGACAGUCUAAAACUAAAUUGAAAGUGCAGGGUAUUGUAUCACUCUUUUUAUAAUCACUCUGAGGUGCAAUAAAAGGCAAAGCAAUAAAAAGCUAAAAGUCUACUCAUUUUACACUGGAAGUUUCAUUAGCUAUUUCAAGUCCCACUUUACAAAUAAACAAAUUAUAAAGGCUUAGCACAAGCACUACACAGCACAAAUAAUUUAUUAGCAAAUUCAUACUAUAUGAGAGGUGAUAUAAACUGUCUUUACUUCAUACUACAGGAAGGGUGAUAUAAACAGUCUUUAAUUCAUACUACAUGAAGGGUGAUAUAAACUCUUUAAUUCAUACUAUACUGAACAAAAUUAUAAACGCAAUAUGUAAAGUGUUGGUCCCAUUUUUCAUGAGCUGAAAUAAAAGAUCCCAGAAAUGUUCCAUACGCACAAAAAGCUUAUUUCUCUCAAAUGG